UCCCACUAUCACCAUCACCAUCUACACCACCCCACUCAGAGGUCGAGCGUGAGGAAUCUCUGCUGGGACCUGGACAGUUCUCCAUUUGCUAAGUAACAGAUAAGGCGGGGAGGAGGUGAUGGGUCAAAAGCUUAGUUGUAGAGAAAACCAUGAGACCGCGUUGCUUGGUGCUGUUCAGACAGGUGAUUUGGAGAUGGUUCAGGCAAUGGUUGAAGCAGACCAAAGUACCUUAACGAGGACCACUAGAUAUGGGAAGUUGUCUAUUUUGCAUGUGGCAGCCAUAAAUGGUCAGAUCGAGAUUCUUUCAUUUCUUUUAGAUCGAUGUCCCAAUUCAGAUAUCUUGAAUCGUCAUAGACAGACCCCGCUGAUGUUGGCUGCAAUGCAUGGGAAAACUGAUUGUGUGAAAAAGUUUAUCCAGAGUGGAGCAUAUGUAUUGACGUUUGAUUCACUUCAAGGAAGAACCUGCUUGCAUUAUGCUGCUUACUAUGGUCAUUUUGAUUGCCUUCAAGCUCUUCUUUCUGCUGCCCAUAGCAGUCCCCUUGCAGAUUCUUGGGGCUUUGCAAGAUUUGUGAACAUAAGAGAUGAAAAUGGUGCUACUCCACUGCAUUUGGCAGCUCGAGAAGGAUGGUCUAAUUGUGUUCAUGCCCUCUUAGAUAAUGGGGCUCUUGUUUGUGCUUCAACUGGUGGAAAUGGCUACCCGGGGAGCACUCCUCUUCAUUUUGCUGCCCGUGGGGGUUCUACCGAGUGUAUCCGGGAACUACUUGCUUGGGGAGCAGAUAGGCUUCAACCAGAUUCAUAUGGGAGAAUACCAUAUAUAAUUGCUAUGAAACACAGACAUGAGGCAUGUGCUGCAUUAUUGAACCCUGCAUCCGCAGAACCUAUUGUUUGGCCAUUUCCUUUAAGGUUCAUAAGCGAUCUUAAUCCAGACACAAAAGAAGUGUUGGAAAAGGCCUUAAUGGAAGCAAACAGAGAGAGGGAGAAGGCCAUUUUGAAGGAGACAAUCCAUGCACUUACAUCUGCUUCAGAUUAUGAGGUUGAAGCUGACGGUACUGCUGCUGAGGCCAGUGAUGUAGAUGUGUGCUGCAUAUGUUUUGACCGGCUAUGCGCGAUAGAGAUUAGACAAUGUGGUCACCAGAUGUGCGCUCAUUGCAUCUUAGCUCUGUGUUGCCACAAGAAGCCCAACCCAUUAACAGCAUCUCCUGUAGUCCUAGUUUGUCCCUUCUGCCGCAGGGGAAUCACCCAACUAGUUGUUGCCAAAAUCAACAAUAAGGAAUCAGAAUCAGAAGCUAGUCCUACAAGGCUGAGUGGUGGAAAGAUCACCAACAUUGAUACAGGAGCAGAAUUCAGUCCCUCUAAGCCAAUUAAAUCAAGGAAGUCCAAUUUCAGUGAAGGAAGCAGUAGUUUCAAGGGUUUAUCAGCCAUCAGCACAUUUGGGAAAAUGGGUAGCCGCAGUGCAGGAAAAGUGCCUGCUGAAUGCAGUGAAGGAAAUGAAAAGUUCUAACAUGCAACAGCCAUGGAUCUUCUUUUCUGUCGUGUAGUUUGAUGAACCAGCAAAGCUGCCAAUGUUCAUAUAGCUUCCAAAUGAAAAGUAUAUUUGGUAUGCUCUUUGAACUCCAUCCUUUAAUAGUGGUUUAUAUUGAUUAUGAUGAGCUAUGAGAGCACAAGUGACAUUAAAUUCUCUUGCAAAGUUCAAAUCGCUUGGAUCUUGUUAUUGCAGUCCGCUCUAUGGAAUGAAGAAGCAGUGGACUAAUAUAAUGGAGUCAAAUUUUCAGUGAAUGCUCGUAAUUAUCAAUUAUUUAAACUUUAAUUAGUUGUGAACUUAUUUUAUUGUACUGCAUUUUGCUUUGCAUCCCUUAAAAGGAGAGUUGUGACUGAUCAGUGAGGCAUGUUUGGUUUGAUUUGAUCUAUACUAACUGUAUCCAAUGAGAAGAGUAAGA